UACAGGCUAUUCUUAAACCGUAGUGUUUGUAAAAGUUGUUUUUAAAAAUUCUCUGGAAUGAUUGACAGACAAUUAUGACCUAUGUGAAUGAGAACAAUCUUCAAUGGGGAAACAAUCAGACUAAGUGAUGUGUAAUUAAACUAAAAUAAUUAUUAAAAGUUAAAUUUUCUCACUACAUAUUUAGUGAGAAAUACCUACACACAUUCUUAAUUGUAAAAUAAGUUAAAAUGUGAUGCAGUUUGCACAAGUAACAGUUAAAAUGGCGGGCCGCAACACCAUAAAGAUUUGAGAUUUGACAAGGCUUGUUUUAUACUGUGGCCUGGUGCCAAUCCCCUUAUACCUAAGGAAGACCUACUUUCUCGGCACGGCUGGUCCAAUUAGUGUUGAACUUUAUCUUACAACACAUCUAAAAACAACACAGAUAAGUGUGAUAAUAACUGUGGAAAAACUACAGAUAAGUAAAAGUAUAUCAGUAUCAACACUAAUAAAGUGACACAGGAUUUUAUCAGUUAAUAUCACUGCUUAAGGUGUUUCUUUCCCCUUUUAAUGAAGAUUCCUUCCCCCCACCCCCCUAUCACUCAUGAUUAGGCAAUGUUUAUGAUGACAGUGGGUAUCUCUGACCUUGGGAUCUGGGAGAUGCUCUACAGGUGGACUAGAGAUGUGUCCAUAUGAAUGGAUGGAUUAUGCUUAGAUGGAUGGAUGCACAAGUAAAUUCCUUGACAUCUCAUUGGCAGAUAUGUGAUUUCUCAAACUGCUUAUACAAGGGUGCAUUCUCAGUCAACCUUUUUCUAACUCUAACUUUAUACUUGACUUUCAGAUCUGUACUCUGCAAUGACCCAGACAUGUCUGAAAUUCCUGUUAAUGUCCCUGUGGAUACAAUCAAACUUCGUGUAGAGAAAACAGCAGUACGGCGAAUCCCAACAGAAGCUUUUUACUACCUGGUGGACCUUAGAUACCUCUGGAUUACCUACAAUUCCAUAACUACAGUAGAUACUGGAAGUUUCUACAACUUAAAAGUGCUCCAUGAGCUUAGGCUUGAUGGAAAUAUGAUCUCUAUUUUUCCUUGGGAGUCCCUCAAAGAAAUGCCCAGGCUGAAGACUCUGGAUCUUCACAACAACAGGCUCACUAAUGUUCCCACUGAGGCGAUUCCCUUCCUUCUCAACAUAACUUACUUGGAUCUAUCCAGCAACAAAUUAGCCACGCUGCCAUCUGAUCUUAUGGAUAUCUGGCCACCCUUUAAUGGAGUACCCAUCUCUUCUAAUGCCUCUCAGAAAGUCGUGUUAGGCCUUCAGGACAAUCCCUGGUUCUGCGACUGUAAAAUCUCCAAGCUCAUUGAGAUUUCUAAAAUGGCUGACACACCAGUGGUUUUGAUGGAUCUAUUUUUGACCUGUGCUGCACCAGAGAAUCUGGCAGGAGUCCUUUUUCAGCGUGCUGAGCUUGAGAACUGUGUCAAACCAUCAGUAAUGACAUCUGCAACCAAGAUCACAUCUCCUUUGGGCAGUAAUGUUCUCCUGCGAUGUGAUGCAACAGGAUCUCCAACACCAACUCUUUACUGGGCCAAGUCAGGUGGCUCACCAGUCAACAACACAGUUCAGGAGUCACCAGGAGAAGGCAUUAAGUGGUCCAUCAUGAGCUUACAUGGAAUUGAGUACAAAGACGCUGGGAACUACAGCUGCAAAGCUAAGAAUGUUGCCGGCACAGCAGAAGCCACUAUUUUUCUAUCAGUUGCUGGUACAAUGAGCACCACCAUCCCUCCAUCACAGCCUGGAAUUGGAACUGGACCAACCAACCAAGGUCCAACUCUUACUCCCCCAACAAACGUUUCCAACUCUCCAUUAACAGUGUCCACAGUCCUCCCAAGAUCAUCAACAACAUUUUCUGGGAUCCAAAAGAAGCCCAAAACAACCCCUGGUAAUGGUUCACAGAAAGGCUCAAUCAAGCAAACAAAAAAUCAGCAGGGAGGGAAUGGGAGGAAACUUGCAGCAGAUGAAAAGAGCAAGAAAAGUGAUGCAUCGCAGUCCAUCAUAGACUUAAAGAUUGUAGAGGAAACAGCUGACAGUGCAGUGUUGCUUUGGACUGCAGGUGGAUUAUUAAAUGAUGACCCACUUACAGUGGUUUAUUCACCCUAUGGUGAGGACGAUGCUAAAAGGACGGUAGAGACUAAUGCUGGCAGUGGGAAAAUGCUCCUAGAUGGACUGUCACCUGGGAUGAGAUACUCAGUUUGUCUGGUAGCAAAAGGCAGUGCUGCUGGAAAAGAUCCUUGCAUUGACUUUUACACUCUGGACAAUGUGGAGGAUGGUGGGCAGAAUCAGCUUGUCAUCAUUAUAAGCGGCAUCGCUUGUGCUUUGGUUUUGCCCCUCAUUGCUCUAUUAGUCUACAAGAUUCUCGCUCUCUAUUGCAAAGGAAGCAACACUGCUUUGGAGGAAGAGGAGCUAGAAAAAGAGAGCUAUGUCAAGUUUGAGACAAUUUCAAUGAAACAAAGGACUCUGAAUACACAUCCAACCGAGCUCUGGGCAAGAAGGCCAACUCAUGAAUCAGAGCGACUACUGCUUUGUUCUCGGUCAAGCAUUGACUCCCAGAUGACCUAUAAGAGUGACAGCUCACGGUCUGAAUAUCUCUGCUAAGGUCAAAUUCCAUGGCCAAUACCAUAACACCAUUAUAGCUAGAACAAUAUACAAAAUACCCUCUGCCUUUCAGGACAUACGCAAAACACGAUUAACUAUAAAAUCAUGAAUUCAUUUUUUAUAAACAUGUCAUUUUUUUUUUACAUCAGUGGGCUACAAACAAAGUGAUGUGAUGUGCUGACAGAAUGAUUCACUUCUGAAUAUUUAUGAUUUGAAACAGUUCAAUUGACAACAAAAAUCUCCCAGAAGGUUUAUCAAAAGAACCUCUCUUAAAAAAAAGUUUGGCUGAUAUUUUAAGUGAUGUCUUGCUUUUAAAGCCUUAUACUUCACACAGGAAUUUUUACUGUGGGGCUUCAUUUAAAAUGGUGCCCUUCAAAGAGCAUGUCAGUUAUCUGUGUAUGGUGAUAGAUGUCAAUUCCAAUGCCAAAGUUGUAAAGUGUCAGGUAUGAAUAUUGUGGGGAUCUCAUCGGAAGACCCAUAAUACGCCCCAUCUCAUCUACAGCAUCAUUGUUGCUUUAAGGAUUAAGCCAACGGUUGCCUUAGAUGUGAAAGUACUGUCGGUGUGUUUGAUAGAAUACAGUAUGUGACUCAUCCCAUAAAUAUUGCCACUAUAUAUAUGUUUAUUUGUAUACAAAUGUCUGUAAACUGAUCUGUACACUUUGGUUUUUAAUAAACUAAAUAUUUUUAAAAGCA